AUGCCGCCGCCCGCGCCGCGGCCGCGGUUCGGCGGCUCCCCCGCGCACGCGGCGCCGCCGCCGGCAGGCGGCCCGUUCAGCGCGUACGCUGCUCGCGGCCAGCCGGCGGCGCCAGGCGGCCAGGGGGCGCACGGGCAGGGGCCUGUGCCCGUGGUGCGAUUCGGCGCCGCCCAGCAACAGCAGGGCGGCGGUGGCUACGGCCAGGCCGGGCAGCAGCAGCAGCAGCAGGGGCAGGGGCAGGGGCAGCAGCGGCAGGGGCCGUACUGGCAGCCGCGCAGGCAGGCGUCGCCCGCGGACAGCCUGACCACGUGCAACCGCGGCGGCGGCGACAGCGAUGACGGGGAGUCGACUGACUCCGUGACCGGCCCGUUCAGCGAGCCGCGGCGGGCGUCGUCGGCGGCGGGGGACGACUCGGCCCACAGCGGCGGCGGCGGUUACAACUACGGCGCUGACGUGGCGGCGGGUUUCCAGGGGAUGGGGAUCGGCGGCGGCGGGCGGCGCGGCGGGCGGGGCGGUGGCAGCGGGCGGGGCGGCAGCGGGCGCGGCGGCGGCGGGGGCAGCGGAGGGUUUGUGCGCGGGGUCUUUUCAGAGGCGGAGCUGCUGCGCUCGGCCGGCAGCACGGGCGGCGGCGCCGCGGCGCCGAUGGAGAUGUGA